AUGGAUCAAGAAAGUGCAAUGAUGAUUGUUUUAUCAUAUGAAAAAUUAAGAAUGCCAACAUUUAGUGUUCGACAGCGACGAACAGAAAAUCCAUUACGUGAGCGUUUACUUGUCAGAAAAUUUAUUGUGCAAUUAGAAAAUUAUUACUAUCAACAGCAACAAUUAUCAAUACCAACAUCAGAUAAUGAACAAAUGGAAAUUGAUCACGAACUUGAAGAUGAUUAA